AUGAUGACAGUUCAGUUUGAGAGCCAGAAGCGGGAAUUGGAGAAGUCCCUUCGAGUGAAGAAGGACAAAAAGAAGGAAACGAUGACGAUAAGAAUGAAGCAGAAACAGCAGUCGUUGACGUCACAUAUGGUGACGAAACAAAGCGAGCAGAUGUUGGACCUGCUCGCGCAGAAAAAGCAAGAUUUGAGGAAAGAGUUGGAAAGGAACUGGAGUUUUCAGCUCAUAAAAAUGAAUAAUUUUCAGCCGCCUACAAUGGUGGACCCGCAAAAUGAAGAAAUUGUUAAAGAAAUCAUAGAAACAAUGGAAGUCCUAGAGCAGCCGAAAAAAUCCGAGCUUCCUGCACCCCACCCACCUGCGUGCAGGAAGACCGAAAUCUACACGGACCCUAAUGUGUUUGAUGAAUUGGACGAUAAAGUCAUUCAGGUUGCACAAGACGACCAGAUGACUUACACAGACCUUGUCUCCCAGCUGACUGAUGGUCUUCUUACUGAUUUGGAAAAAGUCAGGGCGAUAUUCCGAUGGGUGACGGUCAAGGACCUGAAUGUUAUGGACUUUACCGAAUCUGUGGACACCGACACGCCCCUGGGACUCCCGGGAAUCAAGUUCGGCACCGAGACUUACCACGUGCUUUUUAUGAGGCUUUGCAGUUACGCGGGCCUUCACUGUGUGGAGAUCAAGGGCCACUCGAAGAGUGUCGGGUAUGAGCCGGGCAUGAAGAUCCAGCCGGAGAUGUUUCAGAACACCUGGAACGCUGUCCUUAUUGACGGCGAUUGGAGGCUCGUCCAGUGCAACUGGGGUGCAAGACAUCUCGUCCUAAACAAAGACCGGAAGCGUGGCGCGCCGAAUGACAAGCCGCAGGAAAAUGGCGUCAAAAAUGGCGGCGGAAAAGACAAGGAAAAAGGCGACGACAAUUCCUCAAAAUCCAAGGACAAAAUCCGCUAUCAGUACGAUGAACACUACUUCUUGACCGACCCAGAUGAAUUUAUUCAAGAAUUCUGGCCGAACGACUCCAAAUGGCAACUCCUUGAAGUUGCAAUAACACGGGAUGAGUUUGAGGCACUUCCGUUUGUCCGGUCCGUGUUCUUUCAUUUCGGUAUGCGGUUUGACAAAACCAUGGGUUCAGUUAUUGACACGAACGAGCGCGGCGGUGCCGAUAUUAGAAUUCGCAUUCCAGAAAAAUAUGAAAACGAUUUAGUGUUUUACUAUCAGCUGAGAUUUGCUGAUACGGAACGGAAACUUGAAGCGACGUAUCGUGGUGCAAAUUUAGAACGUUUCGUGUUCCAGACGACCAUGGACAAUACAGCCAUGUUUAGCAUUCAUGUUCCUACGACGGGCGAAUACUAUUUUGAAAUAUUCGCUAACAAGAUCGACGAAUCUAACAAAAUCGGUGCUGUGGAGGACACCAUUUCACCAUUUAGACUCAAAUGUGCGUGUAAGUUUAAAAUCCGCUGCAAAACUCUGAAGGGCAAAAUGCACCCACUUCCGGAUUGCGCCGCCGGUGAAUGGGGCCCCAAGAAGGCCGUCAGACAUUUUGGCCUGCAACCAGUCGUAACGGAACCCUCAGACACCUCAUCAGACAGCGGAAGUACCUCAAGCAAUGAUUCCCCUGAAAAUCCAAAAGCCGGUAUCCUAAAUGUCGAAGACUCCAUCAGCUUAAAAUUCCGAAUGCCUAUGCAGUUACAGUUUGUGGCUAAGCUCAAAAUGAACAAUGUCGAACAAAAAUCACUUGAUCCAUUUGUGUACCAUUCCGUUGAAAACAAUGUUCUAACCAUUACUGCAACGAUGCCACAGUUAGGACAAUACGGCCUUGACCUUUACGCUAAGCCAAGAAGCUCUGAGGCGAAAACGCUUUCGCACGCUUGCAAGUACCUGUUGAAUGCAGUGAAGGUUUCACAUCCAGUAGAACUACAAAAAAUCAACCGAUCAUUUGCACGAAGAGGUACAAUAGGACCUGCGCCAUCAUUCGAAGAAAUGGGCAUUAAACUGAAAUCUCACACAGAUCCACAAAUAACAAUGGAAGAAAAUGAUCAUGAAACGUGCAUUGAGAUUGAAGUACCAGAAGAUAUUGAAGUCUCCUGUCAAUUAAUGCGUGAGCCGGACGAGGAGCACAAUGAGUACGUCAAAACGAUUCGAGAUGAUAAAGAUCGUCGCUUUGUUAAAUUCAAAAUAGAUCUUGCUAAACAUGGGAACUAUUUGUUCUGUAUUUAUGCGCGGCGCCUGCGCAGUGAUGGGGGUACCCCGAACGUGUUUAAUUACGUCAUUGCGCACAAGAAGAAAAACCCGUUGUUUGCGCAGCAAAACGCUGUACCGGAACAAGUCACGUUUGAAGAGAAAAAGACGGGUGGGCUGCUACGGAAAUCUAUUUUUGGAAGCAAGAAAAAGGAUAAAGACAAGAAGAAAUGAAAAAAAGUUGUUUUAUAUGAUAACAAUUUCACAACAGAUGAGACUAAACAUUCUUGCACUUUAGAGCGUCCAGUGAAAAAAGUGUAUAAAUAAGUUCAUUUUUCAAACGGUAUAUGGGCAUAAGUGCAUGGAUAAUUUUCAUUAACUAUUUUGUUUCUGGUGUGUUGUUUACUUAAAUAACAUGUGUUCAGAUUCUUGGGUUCAAAAGCAAUCAGGCUUAAAUUUACGGCGGUUUAUCAAAACUUUGUUUUCGUUUUUGUGUUUUUGCUACUUGUGUUUUGUUUGGUUUUGUUCAAGUAAUUUUAUGCAAUGGUCAGUUUAAGCUAUAAAUGAUAUUAAAUGCAACACGCUUAUUUCAUCGCCAUCGAUGUAUGCAUUUUUAUUAUCUACUUAUCAUUGUUUAUCGACACAAAAAUACUCCGGUACCAAACCAAUGUAUCCAUUCUAAACACAUGAAGUGUAUGCUUUCCUUUCCACAUAUUGUCAACACAGCAUUUUGUUUAUUACAUAUAUUACAUAUGAUGGCAUUGUAUGAAUGCUUGUUUACCUAAGAAAACUAUAUGACCGAGGUUAAAGUAUAACUGGACGGAAUAGGUAAAUUAAAGUGUGUGGUAAGAAGUUGAAUAACUGAAUGAUAUGUCAAGGACUGAGUGGCUGUGUGAGUUUGUGUCUGGGUGAGUGAAUAAAGAAAUCAAUUAUGAAUGGAUUAAUAAUAAUUGUACUAAUGGAGUGGUAAAUGAAUGAAUGGAUUGAAUGAAUGGAUUAAAUGAAGAAAUUGAUUGAUUGACUGAUUAAUUGAUUUAUUGAUUGAUGAAUGAACAACGAACUAGUGUGUCAGAGAUAAAUAAAAGUGACUAUUAACUAUUUCCGAUACAAAAACAUUGGGAUUGGAUUGUUAAGUGUUAUUUUACUCCUGUCUUAUUAAGCAAUGGUGAAAUUAUAUGAUGCUAGGUAUGGUUAUAAAUCACUUACACAUUUUGUUCGAAAAGCUCGACAUGGAAGUACAAGUUACAAUUAUAGACUAUAAGCACGCCCUCACAGGUCAGGCAAGUUGUUCAACCGUGCUCCAAUGGGGUAUAUUUUGUUUAUGUGUAAGGCUUUGUGCUAAAUUUAGAUAUUAGAGAAAUAAGAUCUGAUUAAAUCUUGUGUUUGUAUUUAUUGCUUAUAUUUACAGAGAUGUAUUGUGUAAUCAAAAUAUUUAUAUUUUCAGUA